AUGACUGAGGUUCUUAAGAUAAGACAUAAACUCUGGAACGGCUCAAUCAAUGUUCGAAUCGAGUUCGACGAUGGGUCUCCCGAGCCCAAGGAAUACUUAUUGACGGUACCCAGAGUUUCAUAUCUCCCGAUACAUUUCAAAGAUAUGGUUCUAUACUUCCGGAACUUUGGCCCUGUUCAAGAGCCCAUCUGGCUAGAAUACAACGGUAUUCCUUUAAAGUGGAAUUUGCCCGUCGGAGUGCUCUACGACUACUAUCACCUUCCCAAAAUCCUCGACAGGCGCCAUCAGCUUCCCAUUCUCGAACUAACAGUGAGGUCUGGAUCCAAGUGGCCAGGUGACCUAAUACCAUUUGAUUAUAAGGGAGAAAUAGAUUACGAAAAGACCAUGUGUGACAAUUUUUUCAACCAGCUCAAACAGAGCAGCUUUGUGGCCAACGGUAACUCCAAGUUGGUGAUGAAUUUGAGCAAAGAUAACUCCACCCGGCUCUGGCAGUCUAUUGUGAGUCACGACUUAAACGAGUAUGAAAACUUAAACAAGAAGAUUCUCCCGAAAAGAGUCUCUAAGUUCCCCAUCAAGAUAUACUUGCCAGGCACUCCAAUCAUACAGCUCCCAAUAGCGCUUAAUGACGAGUUUGGUCAUAUCUUGGACCAGUUUCCGGGAUUUGAUGCGUAUAUUCAUGGAAUUCAAGUGAACAAUAUCCGUCUGCUUGAAAUAGCGGAGCUUUGGCGGGUGUUCAGACACCUGGACAACUUUUUGUAUAUAGUAAUGGUGUAA